GGGCAUUGAAAAAGUUGAAAAAGAGUCGAGAAAGCCCAAAAAUGCAGCGCCACUUUGUUCCCACUAUAAAUACAAGAACAAGAAAGCGUGAGUUUUUGAGCGUCUGCUUCACUUAAAUUAUGAAGAAGAAGAAUAUAUUUGAAGGAUCGAUGAGGCGCAAAAUGAAGAGCCCCGCUCCAUUUGUGUCCAAGACUUAUGAUCUAUUGGAGGCGGAGGCGGAGGAGCGGCGCGGCGGGGAGAAGAUAGUUUCGUGGAAUUCGGAAGGGAAUGGGUUUGUGGUGUGGUCGCCGGCGGAGUUUUCGGAGCUCAUGUUGCCUAACUAUUUCAAGCACAAUAACUUCUCCAGCUUCAUUCGACAGCUUAACACCUAUGGAUUCAAGAAGACAUCAUCGAGACGAUGGGAAUUCCUGCAUGAAAAAUUCCAACGAGGAAAGAGGCAGCUUCUCUUGGAAAUCAGCCGCAAGAAAUGUGAGCCCACCGCCUUUCCGCCUUAUCUGAAAGCAGCUUCACCAGAUCACCGCCGCCACGCUCAAAUUGUAAGGGAUAAGCUGAGGGAGGAGAACCACAAGCUCACUAACGAAAAAAGAGAAUUGGAAAUGCAGAUUGCUCAUUUCAAAGCGCUCCAACUCAGCUUGCUCCAAUGCCUUUCUAACCAACAACAAACUCAAUUACCACCCUAAAUUCAACCUCACUUACCACUUGGAAUUGUUUGUUUUAUGCAAUUAACGACGUUAUUUUACAUUUUUCAAGUCAUGCAUGAAAUUAUUAUUUAAGUUAGCUUUAA